AAAAAGGGAAACGCUUCGUAUAUACAAGCAUAUAAAGUAGCAGUCAUGAAACAUCUGUUGCACAGGUGGAAGGAAAAAACUCACUCUUUCUUCCUUCCUCUCUUCCUUUCCUUUUUGCUGUCAAUAAUUUUUCUGUGUGUCAUGGGUAGAGCAAGAGAUUUAGACAACUCUUUGGACGAGAUUAUAAAGAACAAAAAUAAACGUGGAAUAAAAAAGGGAACACCCCAUAUUACACGACAAAAUCAAACCAGGCAGUAUUCCAAUGCCACUCCUCAACAGAGAAAUCCAGCUAUUCGAAGAAUGGAUAACAGAGCCAUUCAAAAGAGAACCUCACAUCCAAUUAAUAACAGAUUAGGAACUAAAGUACCUCCUUCUAAGCCAAUGACAACACAAAUCAAAGGACAGAGACCAGUUGGCCCCAUCAUCACAAAAACUAUUAGGCCUACAAACUAUACUGAGAAUGUUGAUAAAAGAAAACCGUCGAUUGACCCUUCAACCCUGAUCAUCACUAAAGCUGUGACUCCGGUUACCAAAAGUAAAGCACCAGCAAGAGCCAAGAGUCCACCAGCACCAUACCCACCUCAAAAGCAAAAACAACCAAAGCAAACCCCUCAAACAAUACAACAGGAGCCUGCUGUUGUCAGCACAGUGUUUCAGCAAAAAUCAAUAGAUCCUCGAGAACGAACGAGCAUCGUCUUACUUUGCAAUCUUGAUCCCAGAGCAACUGCAGAGGAUGUUGGGGAAACUUGCAGUAUGUUUGGACCCAUAUUGAGCUGUGAUAUGCUCUUAGAUCCAAUGGGAAGGCCUUUACAUGAGGCAGAGGUAGAGUUUAUGUAUCCACAAUCCGCUCAGGAAUGCGUAGCCAAGCUAGAUGGGGAAAUUGCAGAUGGACGAGUUUUACGUGCUCGGCUGCAAUACAGACCAACACCACCUGUCGUUCCACGAUAUUCCUCAAGAACUGUCGGCGUCUCAGCCAGACUUGGAUUCAACAAUGGUACACAGUAAGUGUUGCUUUCUUCUUUUUAUUGUAUUAUUGCUAGACUCUUUUAUCCAAUUAGAGACUACAUCCCGUAUUUACAACGUCCGUAUUAAAGAAUAAAAUAAUAAGUUGGCAUCUAAUGCAGUGUACAAAGUAAAAGGCAUGUUCUUGUUCAUCAUUCAAGAUGUUAUAUUUUUAUGCUGAAUGGAUC